AUGUCCCGAUAUCGUCCACCAAGACCAAAAAGCUCACCCUAUAUCACCCGCCGCGGCUAUGAAAAACUGUCAGAGGAGCUGACUUUCCUGUGGAAAGUGAAACGACCCGAAGUCACACGCAAAGUCUCAGAAGCCGCGGCACAGGGUGAUCGGUCUGAAAAUGCGGAAUACAUUUACGGCAAAAAACAGUUACGCGAAAUUGACAGCCGAAUUGGUUUUUUAAGCCGCCGGCUGGACGAUCUGACUGUCAUCGAGAACCUGCCACCGGAUCAAUCUCGUGUCUAUUUUGGCGCAUGGGUCACCCUGGAAAGCGAAACCGGAGAAAAACACACCUAUCGCAUUGUCGGCGCGGAUGAGUUUGAUGCGGCACCCGCGUAUAUCAGCGUGGAUGCCCCCUUAGCUCGCGCAUUAAUCGGUAAAGCUGUCGAUGACGAGAUUACCAUUGAACCGCAGCGCAGCAGUGGUCCUGCCAGAAUAUUAACCAAACCCACCGAAGCCACUACGCCGAUCCACUACGCCAUUGUCGAUGUGCAGUAUAAAAAAGAUGAAACCUAG